AAGUGUCCUGGGGUCCAUGGUCAAACAGAGGGCAUGGAACCACCACAUUUAUCACACUGGAUCUGUUGAAUUUAAAAAUGAAUUCAUGAUUUAUUCAUGCACAUGAUUUUGUCAGUUGGUAGCAAUACUUAAGUUUAACUGGUAUAUCACAAGCGUCUGUGAAGUUACUUAAGAAAAGUAGUGCAUUACAUAUAACUCAUGGAGGAAUAAGUGCUGUUAUCUAUUGGGGUAAUAUUAUUACAGUAACUUAGUAAGUUGCUACCAACACUGUAUGUCACAUCACGAUUCCACAUUGAACUGCUGCUCACAACAACUCACCCAGUCUGUGUUGGCAGGUGCUUCUCCAGGGGGCCUGUUAGCUCCACACAUUGAACAUGUCUCUUCAUCGAAGAGUCACCUUCGAUGAAGAGACAUGGGGCCUCAAGGACUUGGAGACCCAUAUUCCUCCUAGAUUCUCCCAUGGCUUUCUUGGAGGUUUCAAAUUGCAUUUGGGGCAACUGAGGGAAGGCUUCCAUUACUAAAUGUCAUUUGAAAAACGUACACAUGCACAUGCUCCCCCCGCGACCCGACCCCGGAUAAGCGGACGAAGAUGAGAUGAGACGUAGGCUGCGUUCAUUAAGUGAUGAUUUAAAGUGAUGUAGUCAUCGAGACAGAAUUUCCCAGCCCUUUUAGUUUUAUCACUUAACUAAUUAAAUGUAACCGCCUGCUUAAGCACCAGACGUAGAUAGCAACGGUGGUUGAACGGAUGGGAAAAGGGUAAUUUGCCCCAUUUGACCCUCAAUUUAACAUUUUGCCGCGCUGUGCAUUAGCGAUAGUUACUCUUCAACAACCACCAAUAAGACGCAUAUAGUCUAUUUUAGGCAGGUCCCACACUUCUUUCUCCAGGAUUUGGAUUUUUAGGCCUACAUUUUAUUUAUCAAAGGAUGAAAAACUAUUUAGAUCCUUUGUGGUAUGGUCGUCUCGUGCAGGUAUGACUCGAAGAGUGGUAAAAAAUCAACACGUGGUUUAUUCUAACAGAGACACGGUAAACGGGCUUGCGUUAUGGUGGUUCAUGAAGCAUCUCUCGAACACAGGUAAACAAACGCAUAUAUAUCGGGAGUGGGCGGAACGGUAAUUAAGCCACGCCUACAUGUUCUAAUUUACCCAGGUAAACCUUUGGUCUGUCUUGGCAAAGUGGCCAUGUUUGUAGUCUUAUCUUAUCUACAAAAUCAUUACAACCUUAUAUGGUGUUGUCCAUUAUGUGGUCGAAGAAACCAUUCAUAACUGGUUAGCUUGAAACAUUUCAUCAGAAAUAGCAGAGACUAAAAUUGUUUACAUCACAAGCUGUCAAGCCGAGAUGUACCAAACAGCUUUAAGAAAGCGCUUUUUCAGGAGUGGCAACGCUAGGGAAUAGAACAGUUGCGUGAAGUCUAGUGGGUCGGCGUGCCGCCGAGCGCUGGUGUGGGCUAGUAGGCCUACGUCCGAAAUAAUGGUGGUGUUCUUUUUGACGCGCCGCUUCGGCGCCGAUGUGUGUUGGGCUUUGGGCUCCACUAUCCUUCACACCACCGUUCUAUUCCCUAGCGUCGCCGCCCAUGAAAAAGCGCAAAUGCGUACAAUGAGAAACGGGAAAGCUUCUACGACCAAAAGGGUACGUGCCUCCGCAAAUGCCGCAAGAAAGCUGGGAGAUUGGCAGUUUACCACUAGCACGUACCGGCGUACCAUACAAAUGGAUUACACCAGACGUUAUUUGCUCUAACCAAUACGCAGGCCUUUGCCGUCUCUCGUCUCGAGCUUCUCGCUCACAACCAAUCACGUUCUUCUGGUCACUAGUUCUUAAUUGAUUUCAGCUGCGUCUCCCCCGCCUCUCCUCAUAAAGCGCCCCCACCGUGACGGAUGUUAAUCGUUUAUUUUGCGUUGGAUUGCGUGGGUUGAACAAUCCGGACAUCGUGGCCACCGACGUGGACCCCCCGCCACCGAGAACCACGCACACCGACCACCACACUGGGAAGUGUCCUCUGCUCACUGUGGAAGCAGCAUGGAAGAACUGCAGCAACUCUGAUGGAAACUACAGGACCUCCACGCUGUUGAACACAAACGGUUCUAGGCCUACUCAAACAGAGGUGGUCCCACUCGGUUAAAGAUCUCGUGGUCAAUGCGGGAGACCGCUGGACCUGGACGUCACCUUCUGCAGAUACUUCACUGCCCUCAGGAAUCCACGGAUAACUUGAAACAUGUCCGACUCCACAUGUCUGAAAAAUCCAGCAUGGAAACUUGUGGAAGGAAGAAAGGGUUCUGUUUUUGCUCAACCCAUAACCCCACUGAGCCCUUCUGUGGAAACCUGUCUGACUGACCCUACUGACUGGGGGCCUGUUGUGUGUUUGGUUGGUCUGGUAGACGGUUUGCUGCUUGUGAUCUGCAAGGUGGUCCUGGGUUAGAUGCGGUGUCUGACUUGCACACCACUCUCCCAAUUAUAUUCUUAUCUUUACUUCUUUUCUACUUUCAAUACACUUGCUGCUGCUGCUGUUGACCGCUGGUGGUGCAAUGUGUUUUUUAUUCGCCUAUGUUCUGUGGAUGAUAAUUACUGCCUGUUGGACGUUUUGCGUAUUUCAUCAAUAGCUUCGGAACUAGACGGACCUGGUAUAUAAUUUGCUCUUCAAUGAUGCGGUCAGGCGCCCCUCCGUUAUAUAAAGUUUUCUGCCUGGUACGAAAUAGACCGACCAAUCACAACCCUUUAUCUAAUGUGAGGUUGGAUAUAGCAACAUGUAGAGGUGUUUCAACAACAAAGAUGGAAGUUGGUGAACUAAAGACUGUAUAUGUUCACUAAAAGAACGAACGACUACCCUUAAAGAUUUUGAGGAAUAUGUAUUUCUCCAUCACCCGUUCCAAUGCUAUGAUUAGUCGAGGCCUAUCCAAUGGCAUAGCCGUCGACCCAUUUUAGAUCGCGCUCUUUAGACACGCCCCUUGGAAAUUGAGCAACGCACUUCAACGCAGAGGAUCCAGAAGGAUUUCACAACGAGUCCAUUGGAAGAUAUCGAGGAACAUGAACAUCACCAAUGAAGGAGAGUAACGUUUCCACUUGCUAUAGGAAUUUAGUGAAGCACUAAAUAGUUAAUAAAUGGUGACCACAUUUUAUUAUUAUUGACUCGUUGGGUAAGACUUGCUUUACUAAUAUAACCGCGUUAAAACUAUUCAUUUACUUUUCUUGUGUAGUUUCCCACUAUUCAUUAAAUGUUUUAUAGAAGUACAAAUGUGUAUAGUUCUAUUAAUUACAUUUUUAUAACAAUUAAUCAUUAUACAGGAUUUGAACAUUUUCUACCCAAGCUCAUUCUUCAUGAGUCCCAAAUGAUUUCUGAACAGUGGUUUGUUUUGGUUCAGGAGCGGCUUGUACUCCCAGAGGCUUCAACAGAGCGGGUCUGGAGCUGGGAGCUGCAGGUGGAUGUUGGCCAGGAGCCGUUCAGUCCUACAGGAACAGACGGUAGAGAUGAUGGAGGUGCUCGCCAUGAGGACCGUGGCGGUCGUCUGGAGGCGCUCGCCGUGAGGACCGUGGCGGUCGUCUGGAGGCGCUCUCCGUGGCGGUCGUCGGGAGGUGCUCGCCGUGAGGUCCAUGGCAGUCGUCUGGAGGCGCUCGCUGCAGGUGGAGGGAAGGCCGGGAGCCGUGCAGCCCAACGGAUGCAGAACGAAGGACGGAGGCGGAGGUCCUGGAGGCGGAGGCCAGCCUGGAGGCGGCGGUGGCCUGGAGGUCCUGGAGGCGUCCAACCUGGAAGGGGCGGCAUGGAGGGCCAGGUGGCGGCUCCUCAUCCAGGCCUUGAGGCGGCCAUCAUGGAGGUCCUGGAGGCAACGGCGGGCCUGGAGGCGGAGGCCAACCUGGAGGUCCUGAAGUCGGUGGGCCUGUAGGCGGCGGCAGCGGCCAUCCUGGAGGCGGACUACCUGGAGGUCCUGGAGGCGGAUUGUGGAGACCAUCCUGGAGGGCCUGGAGGUGGCGUCCACAUGGCGGUGGCCAACCUGGAGGGCCUGGA